UAUUCAGGACACUUCCUGACUCGCUUUAGCCCGUCUCACGCAAAGUGAGGAUCAACGCAAUGCAGCCGGGGGGGCAGUAGUCCUCCUGAAAGCCGUCAGCAUCUUUCCCGGGGACAUCUUAUAUAAAGCACACUCUUUCCCCCAGAUACACCCCUCCCCCCAAUCAUAUCAAAUCACCCCGACAUCCACCAUGAAAUUCAGCGCUCUCACCGUCGCUGCGACACUCUCCGGUCUGGCGCAAGCCAGUUCCAGCCCCAAGCUCGUCACUCGCGCCGACACAGUGCAGGGCUUCGACAUCUCGAACCACCAAAGCUCCGUCGACUUCGCGGCCGCAUACAAAGACGGCGCUCGCUUCGUGUACAUCAAGUCCAGCGAAGGCACCGGCUUCAAAGACCCGCUUUUCAGCUCCCACUACCAAGGCGCCUCCGACGCAAACCUCCUCCGCGGCGGCUACCACUUCGCCCUACCCAACAAGUCCUCGGCGUCCGCGCAAGUCAAGUACUUCAUCGCCAACGGCGGCGGCUGGUCGAAGGAUAAUAUCACGCUGCCGGGCAUGCUCGAUAUCGAAUAUAACCCGUACGGCGCGACCUGCUACGGGCUGACGCACUCGGCGAUGGUGGCGUGGGUGAAGGAGUUCGUGGAGACGUACCGCGACGAAGUCGGUGUUUAUCCCUUGCUGUAUACGAACUUGGACUGGUGGACGCAGUGCACUGGUAAUGCCGGUGGGUUUGGUGAUAAAACGCCGCUGGUUCUCGCGGCGUAUAGUAGCUCGGCGCCAUCGAGUGUGCCAGGUGACUGGCCUACUUAUACUAUUUGGCAGAAUUCGGAUAGUUAUAAGUAUGGUGGGGAUUCGGAUCUCUUUAAUGGGUCGGAAGAGCAGCUGUUGAAGAUUGCGAGGGCGGAUUAGAGGUAUUUGUGGUAUUCUGGGGGGGGGUCGUUGGGUGAAGAUGGUCUAGAUGCGAUGAUGUCAGUACUUGCUUAUGAUCGAUUACAAACAUCCUAACUUGCGAAGCCUUGAGAUUGUUCAGCCUAUCGUCCGAUUAUUCCCUGUAGAGAUGGACCGGAUUCUUCCACCAACAAAAAAGUGAAGAAAAG